GGUCUUCCCGUUUCUCGAGGAUUAUUGAAUUUAUUAUUUUUCAGCGAACAACUUUUCGGGGAUAUUUUCCGAGGUGAAUAUUUCUGAUAGUUGACAGAUUUGACGAAUGGAGCACGGGCAGUUACGCGACGAAUAACGAUGUGGAAAGUAUGAGUAACAUGAAUAAAUCCUUUAUUGUAUAAAGCCAAGUAAAAUUGCAGCUUUCUUCUGACGAAGCAUUCCUAGAGGUUCAACAAUUUUAUUUUUCGAAAGCACGCUAUAUCCGAUGAAACAAUUCGAGUUUCAGAAGGGGAAAAAAAUCAAAAAUUGGUCAAGAAAUUUUUUUUUCUUGUCAAUUUUCGUUGUUUUCUUCUGACACGCUGCUGUCGUCUUUGUCAUACGUUUCUUAACGAUCUUUUUUCAAACUUCGGCCAAUUUUUUUCUCGCGACAAAGAAGCAAUGCUAAGCGGGAAAAGGAGUAAUUGUGUGGGGAAAAAUGAUAUCGCUGUCAGUAGGAUGUGUCGUGCUGGGUUUCUCUCUCGUCUUAAUUCUCAUGCUCACUUGUUAUUUUCAAAUACAGGUACUAGAAAUGAGAGCGACUUUCUCCAUUUUCAAUCGCUAACACUCGCUGUGGAACGAUGCCCCUAUUUACUCGGUCGAUAAGGAAGUCUGGAUUUCCGUUCACUCGAGCGCGAUGAAGUAUUUUAAACCGAUGCUCGGUGAAUCUUGAUUCGGACCUAACGUUGCUAUUCACUUCACUUUAUUCUCAAGCUCAGUAUGAUAAACUGAGCUUUGUACACAGGAUCACUUCUGCACGAACUCUUGAUACCCCGUGGUAUAGGAGUUGAGCUUUCAGUGAAAUUUAGAAAGCUGGAGAACUUCAUUCCAUCAAAAAGUGUUACAGGGCUCGUGUCAUCAAGGCGUUUGAGCGAAUAAUUUGCACUUGAGGGAUCGCUUGUCGAUUUCAGCAUUUUAUUAUGUGUCUGAGUUUCAGUUCUAAUAAAUUGAAAAGUAUGUUCAGCGAUAAAAUUGCUGUUGUGACUGGAGCCACGUCCGGGAUUGGGUUUUCCACGAGUCUCCGCCUAUCGUCACUCGGUGCGCAACUUGUUCUUGUUGGAAGGGAUGAAGCAAAAUUGGAAGAGAUAUGGAGCAGAUGCCAUGAAAUCAACAAGCGUGAAAACUUGAAAAUCCGAGCAGACUUUCACGUACAGGACGAGGCUGAGAAGGUGAUCCGUGAAACUAUCAACCAGUUCGGCAGGAUCGACGUUCUCAUCAACAAUGCCGGCAUUCAGAAGUUUGGAGGAAUCGAAGAAACGUCCACCGAAGAGUUCGAUGAAGUCAUGAUAGUCGAUCUGCGGUCAGUUUUGUGCAUAAUCAAAGAAGCAGUUCCGCAUCUGAUCGAGUCAAAAGGAGUCAUUGUGAAUGUGUCGAGUAUUAAUGGCAUCCGAUCGUUUCCAGGAAAGCUUUCUUACAAUGUUGCGAAGGCCGGACUGGAUCAACUUACUCGGUCUGUUUCCCUGGGUGAGUCUUGUGAAUUUUUAGUUCUUCCUUUCAUUGUAACCUGCAAUCGAAUUAGGAAUAAUGAGGACACCUUCUCUUUCUCCUACACAGAUUUGGCGAAGUAUGGAAUACGCUGCAAUUCUGUCAAUCCUGGAGUUAUUGUCACUGAGCUUCAGAAACGAGCCGGAUUGACCGAUGAUGAGUACGAACAGUACUUGGAACGUUCCAAGGAGACCCAUCCAUUGGGUCGUGCUGGACGAGCGGAUGAGGUUGCAUCCGCGAUCGUAUUUCUUGCGAGUGAUCAAGCUUCGUUUAUCACUGGUGUUUGUUUACCUGUUGACGGCGGGAGACACGCCACUUGUGCACACUGAACUUGAAGGAUUACAAGCGGUUUAGCGUUUACAGUCAUCUUCGAAUGACGAUGAAUGUUCGAAAUGACGUAAAAGAAAAUUUCUUAUUUACACCGAACAUAACAUGGGUCGUGUAACCUAUUUUCCCGAAAUCAUCUCCGGAACAAUUCAAGCUACUGCCUUGUAAAGCAUCCCUCAUUCUAUUAUUUUUGCAGGAUGCCUAAUUUGCUUUGUGCCAGCGGUAGAAUCUGCACCUUUAAUGAUAUUUUCCUGUAUAUAACCUUAUUUUUCCAACUCUACUAACAGCAUGCUGUCUUGGACAAUUUCUGCCAACCCUAAAUUUCCUUACCCUCUUUUUUUCUGAAUGCAACUGAAAGCUGAUAUGGAAAAAUUCGUCGACGAACACAUUUUCUAACAUUCAACGUAGGGUUUGAACGAGAUUUCAGCUCAAAAAAUACAAAAAAAUGUCCUUAACUAAAUUAAAUUAAUUAAAUUAUUUAUUUUAAUGUGCACUAAAGUAAUACCGAUAGUGCUAGAGUUAGACUUGUAACAUUUUGCAUUGAUGUGAAGAUCGUACGAAAUUUAACGCAAAUUCCUUUCGAGAUGGUUGCCUGAAUUGUUCAGGAGAUACCGGCUUUCAACUGUUAUGCUCCUACCUGAAAAACGUUCGGUAGCACUUAAUUCGUCAACAAAUGAAUCGAUUGUUCACUGGGUGUUAUUGUUUUCAUCAUUAAACGUUUUCGAUCGUUGAUGGAACUCCCGGUACUGAUCACAUUUAGAUGUUACGAGGGGUAUCUGAGUAAUGUUUGAUAUUUAGAUCUUUCUUUAAACUGCACUACGCUUUUAUUAUUCAUGGACUGGGUGGACGGUAUCCACAUCGUCACUUUUCGCGAGGCUGUUGAAAACACAGAUGCGCAAGAAAAUGAAUUGGGUUUCAUUCCUUGAC